UUUGCCUUCGUCUUGCUUUUCGAAGUAGAGAAAGAGUGCAGGGAGACAAGGGAUAGGAUAGGUAGCGAUGGAGGAGCCAACUGAGGAGAAGGAAUCCAUAGCUGAGGCUUCCAAGGAGGUUUCUCGGGAGUUCAGAACCCUAGUCAAUGCCGAUGAUUUGGAUACCCUCAAGCAAUUGCAGCAUCUCAUACUGGGAAGGUUGCAGGACAGCAAUGCAGUCUUGUCCCAUUUUAACGACUAUUCAGAGAAUUGCUUCACCGAGGUUUCGGGGGAUUUUUACAAGAACACUCGCCUGCUGAAGUCUAUGAAGUCGGAUCUCGAUUACAUAUUUCUAAGGCUAAGAACUAUGAAAUCGAAAAUCUCAGCCGUCUAUCCUGAUGCAUUCACUGACGAAUCAGCAAAACAAGUAGAGGACCGAAGGCCGGAUCUUGAAGCACCUAUGGAACCCUAG